AUGAACAUCCACAUGAAUUCAACAGGAAGUAGUGAAGACCUGUCUACAUUCAAUGCAUCCACGACCCCAACAACUCAGGACAGAAUUGAGUACAACUUCAUCCGAUGCAUCCUGCUCGUCAUAACGACCAUCCUACUUCUGACCCUCAACCCGCUGUGUCUUGUGGUCCUGAGGCAUGUCCGUAGCAUCCAGGAAACAACUAAGAUAUUCCUCAGAUCCAUGACGAUUGCCGAUCUCGGGGUGGGACUCUUCCGAGCUCUACCGAUGACUGUACUUGCAAUUUCCGAGACUGAGCAUAUUGGCGAGGCGUUUUGCCAAGUGCUGUCAUUUGCCGGUGGAAUCUUAAUCUACGGUCCCCAGAUGUCACUCCUGCUGCUGACUGUGGACCGCUACAUUUCGGUGGUGUACGCGUUGCGCUACCCAUCUCUUUCAGAAUCCUCCAUGAUAAUUGUAGCAAUAGUCUAUACAAGCAUAAUAGUCAGCACUCUGUUGGUUACUAUCAUAGCAUAUGCACGACUGUUCAUGAUAUCACGACACCAAGCGAGAGCCAUCCAAGUCGAAAACCAAAUCGCUCAACCGGGAAACCCUGCCGCAAGGCCCGACAACAAGGCCCUGAAAACAGUCCUCAUUAUAGUUUUGACUGCAUCUGUUGCCAACCUCUUGCCACUCUGUGCGUUUCUACUCUUACAUGACCAACACCCAAUAGUACUCCUGUUCACCUAUGUGCUGCCUGUCCUGACAAACAGUUGGCUUAACGUGCUCAUCUAUUAUCUCAGAAACCAAGACUGCCGUCGAGUGACCCAUGAUCUUCUGAUAUCGAACUAUCGAUCCUGUAAACGCUGCCUGCCAUUGGUUGCAACCUGA